GUAGGCAAAGGGGGAGGAGAAACGGUCAGCCUCUGAGGAUAAAAGUCCCCGUGAACCUUUCCUGGACGUCCUGUUGCUUCAGCUUCGACCAUUGCCACCAAAAGCUCCAGAGGAACCCAGAUAAGGCGAAGAUCCAGCCGAUCAAUCAGCAUCCAAUCAUGAGCCACUCCACCGUCCGCACUUCUUACCGCCGCACUUUUGGUGCACCUUCCUACCCGGCCUACACCCCGCUCCCAUCCCGUUUGCCUGUGUCCGGAGGCCGCUACCUUAGCUCGGUAUCUCCUCCUGUGACCACCCGUUCAGUGGGCUACCGCAUGCGCUCCGCCACCCCCACCCCGGCCCCCCGUCUGUCCUACGACAAGGUGGACUUCUCUCUGGCCGAAGCCGUCAACCAGGAGUUCUUGGCCACGCGCAGCAAUGAGAAGCAGGAGCUGCAAGAGCUGAACGACCGCUUCGCCAGCUUCAUCGAGAAGGUGCGCUACCUGGAGCAGCAGAACGCUGGCCUCCAGCUGGAACUCAACCAGUACAAGGGCAAGCACCAACAGGGCCAACCCAACCGGGCCAGUGAGAUCUGCCAGCAGGAGAUGAGGGAGCUGCGCAGGCAGAUGGAGCUGAUCGGCAAGGAGCGGGACCAGGUCCAGGUGGAACGAGACAACUUAGCGGAAGAUCUGGCCUUGCUCAAGCAGAGGCUGGAUGAGGAGAGUCAGAAAAGACAGGAUGCCGAGAACCAACUGGUCCUGUUCCGAAAGGACGUUGAUGAUGCCACUCUGGCCCGCUUGGAGUUGGAGAGGAAGAUUGAGUCACUGAUGGACGAGAUAGAGUUCCUCAAGAAGGUACAUGAUGAGGAAAUCCAGGAUGUGCAGGUUAGCAUUGAGACCCAGCAGAUGAAGAUGGAGGUGGAGGCCACAGUUCGUCCGGACCUGACCUCAGCCCUGAGGGAUAUCAGGGCCCAAUAUGAAAGCAUUGCAACUAAGAACAUGCAGGAGUCUGAGGAGUGGUACAAGUCCAAGGUUGCUGACCUGACAGACUCUGCAAAGCGCAAUGCUGAUGCCUUGAGACAGUCCAAGCAUGAGACCAAUGAGUUCAGGAGGCAGAUCCAGGGUCUCAAUUGUGAGAUCGAUGCCCUCAAGAGCACGAAUGAGGCUCUGGUGAGGCAGAUGAGGGAAAUGGAGGACCAGUUUGGUGUGGACGCUGGCAACUACCAAGACAACAUCACUCGUUUGGAGGAAGAGAUCCGCCACCUGAAGGAAGAAAUGUCCCGUCACUUGAGGGAAUACCAGGACCUGCUUAAUGUCAAGAUGGCUCUAGACAUUGAGAUUGCUACCUAUAGGAAGUUGCUAGAAGGAGAGGAGAGCAGAAUUGUGGUUCCCAUGAUGAACAUAACAUCGAUGGGCAUGCGCAAUGGGGAAUUUGACCAGCCUGCUGAUGUUGGACAUAGCAAGAAAGUUGUGAUCAAAACCGUUGAGAUCCGUGAUGGAGAGGUGGUGAAGGAGUCAAGGAAGGAGAGAGAAACCCCCCGUGAUUCCAAGGACGCCCAUGAUCAACGAGAAUCUGACUGAGCUGAACAGAACAGGCUGUUAAUGAGCGUUUGUUCCAGGCUCAACAACCGAGGGUUCAAGAAUAGACAAGUCCGAAAGACAACAAACCCAUUAAAAGCUGCUUAUGCCUAUCUAUUACUCACUGUUGGUGAAAACAAAUUAUGUAAAAGUGUUAGGAAGAACAUUUCCAUUUAUCUUUACUCACUACUGUGAUCCUGAAUGGGGGAAGACUUUGCACGAAACGAUGUUGAACAUCGACAGUUUUAAUCAGCAAAUGUUACUACGCAAUGGUGCUAACAACACAGCCUAAUCAGCCUUAACCUCACAGCCCUGACACAAACCAUCAAAGACCCUUAAAAUAUAAUCCAACAUUGUGCUUUCUAAGAUAUACCUGUCAAUACAGUUCACAGUUGGCAGGAAACAAUGAUUUUUGACUAAAUAAAACCAACUAGGUCAUCUUUUAUACACCAACUGUGGCCUUUAUUUACAGCAAGAACAUUCUACCACAGUUCCCUUUGCGUCUGAAAUGCACAUUCUCACUACAUGAUCCAUGCAGAGAGAAAUGAAAUGUUUUCUCUUGUGGAUCCUGAGCUGGUCACUGCUUUUUUCCAGCACUAACUCUUCAGAUAAAGAUACUGCUGUAGGGGCUUUAAGAGACUC